AUGUCUUAAUAUCAACCAUAACGAAUCAAUAUAUCUCGAACACAGCCUUAAUAAGACAGCUUAUUGCUAGAAGAUGAUUAUCAACAACUCAAGAGUCCCCAAUUUGCCUCAGAGUAAAACACUCUCCCAAAAAGUACUUACAGAACACCAGAUGCCAGAGUCAACCAAUUUGAUGGGGCAUCAAAUGAAGAAAUCUAUAAGAAAAAGUAAAUAGUACUCUAUUCUAGAAUAAAUGAAUUGCAGAGAUAAAACGAUGAUCUCAGAUAAAAGUACUUAUAGGUCUCCGGUGAAAAUUAAGUUAUAAUCCAAGAGCAACGAGAGGAAAUAGAAUAAUACUUAAAUGAGGUUAAUUUAUUGAAGGAGCAAUUGAUGCAAAAGGAAAUUGAGAUUUAAUAGCUUAAUAGUCUAAAUCAAUCCUUAAAAUAAGAGGUUAGCGAUUCAGAGGAGGGAUUUGAUAAAUUGGAACAAGAUUAUAAAAAAAAACUUAAAAUCGGAGAUGACUCUCAAAAAAUAUUCUCAGAGGUCUAGUUAUUGAGUGAAGAAAAUCAGAAAUUGCAAGAAGCACUUCAAGAUAAAGAUAGACUAUAUAAUCAAUGCAAAUAAUAACUAUAAAGUAUUCAGAUCGAUUUGAAUUAAUUGUAAUAGGAUAGUUAGUACAAUCAAGAAUUAUUGAAUCAAAAAGAUAGGGAAAUUCAUGAACUAAAUUAAUAGAUUGAAAGGAAUAAGGAACUCUAAAGAAAAUAAUAGGAUUUUUCAAACAAACAAGAUCUCUUGAAUAAGGAAGUUUAAAAGUUGAAUCAAUAAGUGAAACUAUUGUAAAAGGAAAAUCAAGAUUUGAAGAAUGAAAAACAAUUAGUCACUUUAGAACUUCAAGAAAAUCGAGCCAAUCCUGAAUAUAUGGGCAAAAUCAAUCUUUUGGGAUAGGAAGUCGAAAGACUAAAUAAUACCUUAGCCUUAAAGAGUAGAGAAUUAAAUGAUUAUAAAGCUCAGAUUACUAGAAUGCAGAAGGAAAUCUAAAAUUUAAGAAUGAAUGAAUUUAAAUUACAAGACAUGAAUAUGAAUUUGGAUAGCUUAAUUAAUCAAUACAAUAAGUUGAAAGAUGACAAUUAAAUUCUCAAAUAAUAAAUUGCAUAAAAAUAAGUGAAAAUCAAUUCAGAUUUGGAUAAGAAAAUUUAAAUACUUCAACAAGAAUGUGAAAAGCUCUCAACCUAACUCAAUUCUAGUAAGAAAGAGAAUGAUUAUUUAAGAGAACAACUAAAUGAUUCAUCUUAAUUGGAAGAUACAAAUAGGUUAUUAAAAUAAUAAGUAGACAAGUUUUAAAUGUAAACUAAGUAGCUUGAAAGUGAAAGAUAGAGUCUAUUACAGGAAUAUUAAUUACUAUCAAAUAGUUAUAAUAGUUAGAAGUAUAAUUAUUCUUAGUUGCUACAAGAAUAAUAAGAAAAUAACAAUUCAGUUCUCCAAUUAAAAAAUGAAAUCUAAAGGUUACAGAAAAUGAAGCCAGAGACAGUAGAGAAAAGUUAUAAUAAUUGCAAUCACUAGGAUAUAAUCAUUUAAUACUAAAAAGAUUUGGAAGCAGCUAAUAAAUAAAUCCCUUUAUUGAAAUAAACAAUUUAAAAGUUGAAAAAUGAACUAGACAUAACAAAAGAGUUCAUUCCGCAAAAUCCUUAAUAAUAAUCAUAAUAACCAUUUAUUUAAUCGGAUUAAAAGUUAAUAGAUAAAUUAUAAAACUAUGAAAUAAGGUUUCCUCAAUUAGUAGAGGAAAUCGAGAGACUUAAUUAGAUACUGACAGAGAGGAAUGAACAAAUCUUGAUAUACAAAAAGAGCUCCUUUUAAGCUGAUUAAGUGUUGGAAAAGGUAAGUGCAUAUGAAGCAGAAAUAGAGAGAUUAAGAUAGACAAUAUUUUUAAAAUAAUAAACGAUAGACUCAUUGUAGUAAUAGAAAGAGAAUCCUGGGGUUUAAGAUUUAAUUUUUAAGUUGCAGGAUGAAAACAGAAGGUUAACAAGUUUAGUAGGUGUAAGAAAUAACGAAAUAGCUGAACUUAAAUUUAAAGUAUCAGAAUAUGAGUAGAAACAAAAAUUAUUGAGUGAAUCUAAUUCUGGAAAAUAUGAAUUGUAGAACAUGGUAUUAAAUUAAGAGAUUGAUUAAUUGAACUAGAAAUUGUUGGAGGCAAAGAAUGAGAUUAGUUUGUUGAAAUUGACAAAGAAUGAUAAAUUCAAUGAAGAAAGAGGGAAAGUGUUAACGUAAGAAUUAGAGAAGUAGAUGAGGAUAAAUAAGGAGAAUGAAAAAGAAUUAUUGAAUUUAAGAUCAAAAUUUGCAGAAGUUGUAGAUGCAGAAAGAAAAUUGAUUGAUUGCAAAUGUCUCUUAGUUUUAUUGUAUAAUGAAAUAGAACGAUUGAAUUAAGAAAAAGAAAAUGAUAAUUUUUUAUUUUGA